CCCCCCCCCGCUUUCCUCUCACUCAUUCAAAGCAAACAGUAGCUGUGUUGUUUUGAUAAGCAGCCCCUGAAACAGAGCUUUGAAUGGCAUCCGCAGUUCACAACAAAACAAGAGAGGAUGCGUCAGUUAAAAGGAUUAUUGGGAGUUUCCUGAGAUUUAUGGACAAAAGUCAUGUUGGAAGCCUGCUGUACAGUUUUUCUUUUCCUUUUCUGCUAUCAAGAUGCCUCAGCAGAAGUUCACAGAGAAGGACAUUAUGUUGCUGCUGUGUACGAACAUCGACCCAGACUGAGUCCUAACCCAGCAACCCUAACUGAUCGACGCUCUGCAUUAGAGUUGAUGAGCAGAAACCUAUAUAUAUAUGAAGAGCAAGUAACAGCUGCAGCCAAACAGGGUGCACAGAUCAUUGUAUUUCCUGAAGAUGGAAUCCAUGGCUUCAACUUCACCAGAGAGAGCAUUUACCCUUAUUUGGAGUUUGUUCCAUCUCCCCAGUCUGUGAAAUGGAAUCCAUGCAGAGAGCCGCAUCUGUUCAGCGAUACAGAGGUUCUUCAGCGACUGAGCUGCAUGGCACUGAGGAGCAAAAUGUUCCUAGUGGCAAACAUAGGAGCUAAGCAGCCCUGCGAGUAUAAGGAUCCUCUCUGCCCACCUGAUGGGAGAUACCAGUUUAAUACUGAUGUGGUAUUCAACGCCAAUGGUACUCUGGUAGCCAGAUACCGCAAACAAAACCUGUAUUUUGAAUAUGCUUUCAAUACACCUCCAGAGGUUGAUCACGUGCUUUUUGAUACACCUUUUGCUGGCAAGUUUGGCAUGUUCACUUGCUUUGAUAUACUCUUCUAUGAGCCUGCUGUAAGCCUGGUCAAGAAAUACAAUGUGAAGCAGGUUGUGUAUCCAACUGCAUGGAUGAACCAGCUCCCACUCCUGUCUGCUGUAGAAUUUCAACGAGCUUUUGCAACUGCUUUUAAUAUAAAUGUUUUGGCAGCUAAUAUCCACCACCCUGCACUAGGUAUGACAGGUAGUGGCAUAUACACCCCAUUAAAGUCUUUCAUUUACCAUGAUAUGGAAAGUCAUGGUGGGAAGCUUAUAGUAGCAGAGAUCUCUGUGAUGACACCAGAGCAUGAAUCCCAUCUGGAGAGCAAUGCAAAACCUGGAAAGAGCAUUGAAUACCCCCACAACAGUUUUGCAAGCCUUCACAUCGAUGAUCAGGUUUGCAAUAAGAAGGAACAAGAGGCCCACUGCUGGGUAGCAGAAAAAGACAAAGAAGAGGCCCCUCUGAUAUUUUACAGGGAGAUGAUGUAUGACAAUUUCACUUUGGUUCCUGUAAGGGGAACUAAAGGGGAGCUCCAGGUUUGUGCUAACACCCUCUGUUGUUAUUUAAGUUACCAGAGACCUACUAUAUCUGAUGAAUUGUAUGCUUUGGGUGUCUUUGAUGGGCUUCAUACAGUCCAUGGCACAUUCUAUGUUCAGGUUUGUGCCUUAGUGAAGUGUGGUGGCCUCAGUUAUAGCACCUGUGGGCAGGAGGUCACAGAUGCCACUGCUUUGAUAGAUUUUCAGCUGGGGGGAAAUUUUAGUACUUCCUAUAUCUUUCCUUUACUGCUGAUGUCUGGUAUUAAUGUAGACUUCACUGAUCACUUGGGUUGGAAAAACAACUACUAUUUCAUGAGUAAAAGUGGACCGUCCUCUGGUUUAGUGACAGCUGCUUUGUAUGGACGAUGGUACGAGAGAGACUAGUGCAGAUUUGACCAGAAAUCAAGCUAGGCUCCUAAAAUAGAUGGCCUUCUUUUCAGAGGUGCUGAACACCCACACCUUUUAGGACUUCAAUUAUGUAUGCUUAGAACAUGACUAUUAGACUUCCAAGUUUGAAAAUAUUGACCAAAGUGCUUUAUCCAACAAAUAGGUCACAAUCCAUGGUCUGUACCUUGCUAAUAUUUCAACUACCAGCAGCAAUAAAACCACCUUAUCCCUCAGGAAAAAAGGGUUAGCGUAAAGUGUGACAAGAUGUUUUAUGUUAUGAAAAUAUAGUACUCAGUUGGACUCCAUGCUCUGUUUUUAAUCUUAAAAGGUGAUAAAGAGGCAACUGUAAGUAAUUCUUUAGGACCCCUUUAUGUGUAUCUUAAAAUCUGAAUAUUCAGUUAUAAAAUAGUUUCCUACUUAGACUUUUGCUUUUGUCAUUAAUAUUGAUCAUUCUACCUCUGGAUUAAAAAAAACACUGCUAUUCCUAUUUUAACUUCUGCAUAGAUUAUUGAUGAGAUCAAUCUAGAUGAAGAUGACUAAUAAAAAUAUGCCCUAAGCAUGAUGCAUAUGAAGUAAACCUGGUUAUAAAAAGCAACUGCUCUAGAUUUCUUAAUGUUUGCUGAUGGAUACUGCAGCAUUUAAGUUGCAUUGUCUAUCAAAUAUAAAAAGUAAUAGCUGUCACUCAAUCAAGUACGACUACGACUGAAAAUCAGUUUCCACAUGUAGGGUUCAGGAAACAUACCAGGGCACUUAGUGUCUACGUUCCCUCCUAUGUCGGCCAAGUUGGCACAACAAUAAUCCGUUGCACGCUCUGCUUCCUUCAUAGCUGAGUGCCAAACUCGCCUGUCAUGGGUCGUAUCCUCUCAGGUCAUUAAGCUCAGUCCAGCAGACUGUGUGCCACUUGAUGCAAUCCUUGUAGUGGAGUUUGGGACGGCCAGCCUUCCUACUACCUAUUUUAAAUUCACAGUACAGAACUCUCUUAGGCAGUCAGUUUGCUUCCACGCUGGCAUGGCUUCCAAGCUUAGCAUGGUUGUCAUACGUAGUACUUCAUUGUUGGUGAUUUUAUCAGACCAUUUGAUUCCCAUUAUGCUGCAUAGGUGACACGUUGCAGGCAGUUACGUUUUUGGAUAUGGCAACGAGUCUCUAACGAAUAUAGAAGACAAGGGAGCACAACAGCGCUGUAAACUUGGCACUUUGUGGACACUUUGACCCUUUCGGCCCCGCGCGCCCACUUUCCCCCCCCCAUCUUGUCCAAAGUCUUUUUUGUAGAUGACUGAAAGCUGAGGCAGUUGAGUUUAAGUGUGCUGAAAGUUCUUUAUCAAUGCUGGUGUCAUUGGUAACCGUGCUACCUAGGUAGCAGAAGGACUUGACGUUGUUUAAUUGGCAGCCAUUCAAUUUUAUGUCUGUUAGUGAUGGAAGUAAUGGGUUUCUGCUAGGAGAUGGUUGAUACAGGAUUUCUGUUUUCUUUACAUUAGUACAAAGGCCAUAAAGGAAUAAAGCAUGGGCAAAGGAAUUCAGCAAAUGUUGUAGGUCAUUUUCAGAAAGGGCAACAAAUGCUGAGUCAUCUGCAUACAGUAGAUCCUUUAUUUUACUUUGCUGGGAUUUGCUUUUAGCCUCAUUUGGUGGAGGUUUAGAAGUCUGCCACUAAAUCAUGUUGUUAAAGUGACACCUGUAGUGGUAAAUACGUGCAGUGACUUCUAGUACUCCAACCAAGAACAAAGUAAAUAACGUAGGGGAAAGAUCACAGCCUUGUUUAACCCCAUGGGCUACAGAAAGGGAUCAGAUGAGUCAGCACCCACUGAUACAGGGGCCGGCAUAUUGUCAUGGAAGCAGCAUAUGAGGUUGAUUAGUUUGUCCGGUCAGCCAAACUUUGCGAGAAGGCACCAGACAGCAGAGGUCGACAAAGGCAGUGUACAGGGGCAUUAUUUGUUCAGCAGCUUUCUUCUGUAACUGGUGUAGGGUAAAUAUCACAUUGGCAGUGCUGUGUGACAAAUGAAAAUCACACUGGGAUUCAGGGAGUACAUCAUCUGCAAGAACCUGAAGCCUUUUCAGCAACUUACCAAGGAUCUUACCAGCGUUGGAGAGGACUGAAGUGCCACAAUAAUUGCCACAAUGUCUGUCUGUCCCCUUUAUGCUUGUAGAUUGUAACUAUUUUGGCAUCUUAGAAAUCCUGGGUUAAAACCACUUUUUCCCAGCAGAAAGUAAAUAAGUCUAGGAAAGCUUUGUGGAGUGUAGGACUAAUUUGUUUCAGCAUGCCAGCUGGGAUUUCACCAGCUCCAGCUGCCUUUGCUAUUUCCAUAAGUGCAUUUUUAGUCUCCUCCAAAGUUGGUGGAUAUUCCAAUUCAAAUCAAACUGGUCUUUGCUUGAUUGAGCAUACUAUUUGAUCAUUUGCACUCUACUCACAAUUGAGGAGAGUCACAAAAUGUUCUUUACAUCUUUUUAGUAUCAUACUGUGCUCAGUCAAGAGGGUACAUUUUAAAAGCAAAAACUGUUAACUACAGCGUCCAGAACACACCACUAUGUUCCCAUUCACUGACCUUCGCAUUCUCAUUAGUUUUGUCCCCCCUCCCACUUUCAGGUCUGUUUGGUUCAGUUCCUCUCCCACAGGCUUUUGGCUGUUUAGCAGCAGGGAGCUUCUUUGUCUACAUGUUUCAGAGUAACAGCCGUGUUAUUCUGUAUUCGCAAAAAGAAAAGGAGUACUUGUGGCACCUUAGAGACUAACCAAUUUAUUUGAGCAUGAGCUUUCGUGAGCUACAGCUCACUUCAUCGGAUUCAUCAUGGUGCCACAAGUACUCCUUUUCUUUUUGUCUACACGAUGGCCUUGAGUGGCAGUUUCGCCCCUUAUCUUCAAGCCUAGCUGAAUCCUCGAGUUAACCCAUUCCUUUCUUUCUCCCUCCCUCUUCGGCCUUUUGCAGCCUGCAAAGGAAUCUUCCACUCCACACUCACACCUUUCACGCUUCCCAAAAUGCUUUGCAAUGCCUGCAACAGCAUUAGCAACGUACAAUGCUGAUCUGCCUCCCCAGGGGACUCCCUGAGGGAGGGGGCCAUUGGGUUGUGACUUCAUUUCUGUUAUAGUGGAAUGGUUGACCUGCAGAUUUGGUCUGAUGGAUGCUGGUGCAGUAGCGUGAUGGUUGCUCACUUUAUCUUUAUUAAAUAACUGCAUAUUGAGUGGCUAAGGAGAUGGAUGGCACACACAAGUCUAACAAGAGACUAGUGAUUCCCAGACUUGAUUUGGUCAUAUCAAAGAAGUACUGAGAUGUGUGUGCUCACUCAAGGAGAGCUGAAUACCUGGUGCCACUUGAUUCUCAUUUUAUUAGCGAGCAUAGGACAAGCCAUCUGGAUUUUGGCUAGAUAUAUGCUAGCACUAGCAUGGAAAGUAAAGCAUGUACAUGUAUUGGAGGAAUUAGAGAGGAUGAAUGAGGAUCCUACACUUUGAAGGACUCCAUGUCAGGGUUUCAAAAAGGGUGAUGGUCUCAAGAAAAAUGUGAGUUUGCAUCUGACUCUUUGCACAUCUCUGUGGUAAUUAUGUGGAAUCCUUUACUCCCCAAUCUCUUGCAGUCUCCUUCAGGCUAUACGCACAGAGAUCCAGUACAGUAUAGAUGACAGCUACACAACAGAAUUGUUUUUCCUGUAACUAUUUCCUGUAACAUCUAUAUGCCAUGUAAGUGUCUACCUCAUUAGAUGUAACAUGGGUUAUUUAAAAAAAGCUCUUACACCAAGCAUUUGUUUAACAUGCUCAGAAAUGAGAAAUAAGGUAAAAGCCACAUCCUUUUGUGCUUCCUAAACCAUAGCCAGAUGCUGAGUAAGCACAGCUGUUUGUGUAGAACACAGGAACAGUUUAUGCUGUAAGGAUGAAAUCUAAAAAGAGAAUGAAUGUUGGGAGAAUCCCAGCCUUAAGGGCUAAAAAACCAGUAACUUUGAAUCAAGUCUUCUUUUUGGCCUGAGAUAAAGUGUGUUUCCUCAAAUCACACAUUUCAUAUCUAAUUUCACCUGAUGCAGUCAAGUAUCAGCACAAUCAUACUACUAUUUUAGCUCAGUUAAUAAUAGUGUUGCCCACUUAGUGUCUUUCUAUCCAAUAAUUUCAGAACACUUUACAAACACUGAAUUAAGUCUCAGCACCCAUGUUAGGUAGGUAAGUAGCGUUAUACCCACUUGAGAAACUUGACACACAAGGUAUUACGUAAGUUGUCUUAAGGCCUUGACUUUGCUGCUUAAAAAGGGUACUUUUUUACCUCAGGAUAAUUAACACACACACAUGAGGUAUCCCAAGGUUAAAAAAAAAUUACAGUGAAGACCAGGCACUUUAGUUUCAUUGCAAGAUAAACAGCCCUAUGUGCCCUACACGCAUUGAUCUUUGUGAGUUUACCUCAUAGUAAAAUUCAAGUGCCUGGUCUUCACUAUGUUUUAAACUCAGGGUAACUUACAUAUGUUAGUUACCGUGAGGUAAAGAAUGUACCUUUUUAGUAAUGAAGACAAGGCAGAAGAUCAUAUAGCAUUGUACGUGAUAGACAUGGGAAGAACCAGUAGUCCACUUGGAACUCUCCCAGUCCCACUGUUCUAAUCACUAAAAGAUUCAUCUCCCUCUCAGUAAGUUUCUGUUGUCACCUAAACUGAACUGGGCAGACAAUAGAGACUCUAGUGCCAGCAGCAUGCAGAUGAGACACAGCUCUACUAUUCUUUACUGCAUAGGAGAAUACCACUACCAUCAAGAUGGUCCAGUGCUUGGACAGGAUCAACUCACAGGAUGAAGAACAGCUGGUUGAAGCUGAACCUAAGCAUAACAGAGGUUAUCCUGGUGGACAUAGGAAAGUAUUCUGAAGAGUCUGCAGCUUGGUUUAAUCUCCUUUGGUUGAAGAUACACACCCAUGAUGGUGAAUUCAAUCCAUAGUUUAGGAGCGCUCCCAGAUUCCUCCCUGAUGCUAAGCUCUCACAUAUAGCAGCAUCCUCAAAUAACGCUUUCUACGAUCUCUGGUUGGCUGAGACACUCCAUCCCAUCCUGGCAGUUGAUGACCUGGCUUCAGUUAUUCAUGCCUGUCACUUCUUGCUUGGAUUACAGCAGUGCGAUAUACCUGGCCAUGAAGCCUUCAGUGCUUAGGAAACACCAACUAGAAUAGGAAGCUGCAGUGCAUCCCCCCCAGCAACACAGGUAUAGCCAUAUCAAAUCUAUCCUCCCCUCCGUAUUCUGGCUUCUUAUAGAAUAUUGCAUCAAGUUCAAUGUCUCGAUCCUUCAAGUAUCAGAGGGGUAGCAGUGUUGCAUCCAACAAAGUGGGUAUUCACCCACGAAAGCUUAUGCUUCAGUACGUCUGUUAGUCUAUAAGGUGCCACAGGACUCUUUCCCACUUUUAUCGAUCCUUCAAGGCACUCCAUGACCUGGGCCCAGGGUAUCUAAAAGACAGACCAAAUCCCUAGGAUGAAGAGCAUGGUCAGCAACUCUGUGCUCCUGGCUCAAUGGAACUCUCUAUGGUAUAGGUAAAGCUCAGUUGUACAGGAGAUGGAACUUCCUCAGGGGUCAGCACAAGACUAAUGAACUCCCCCAGGAACUAAGGACUAUCAAAAACCUCACCACCUUCUGCUCCAAGUAGAAGUCCCAUUUCUUUCGCUUUGCCUUCUCUAACAAACAUAUAACAGUUUGUGGGCAUUUGUGUGUAUUUUAUAUUAAUUUAUUACCAUUAUAAAUUUCAAAAUAAAACACUCCAUCUAUAUGCACACAAAUCCCCAUGGGAGAGGAUGAGACAGAUGUUAGUCACGAUGCUUCAUAUACUACAGUGACGAGCACAGCAUAGGAACUUAUAUAGAAAAGAACCAAAUCUGUAACAUUCCUUAGUAUAAUGGAAAAUAAACUCUGAUAUGCUGUACAAUGAACCAUGCUAAAAGAAAAGUCUUCUAUAUUUUCUCAGAUAUGUGGGGCUGUACCGACAUCAAUUUGGAAACAUUUGUCAAUUUUUCCAAGCUUCUCUGGGAAUGUUCGCUACUUUUUAAAAAAAGAUUUUAGAUUUAGGAAUUAAACUAAACAUUAUUUAUGACUAUCUCAAUCAGUUUUCAUCACCUUUAACAGUGAGAAAAGCCACAUUUUGUGUGUCAAGUCACUAAGAAUACUGAGCAGUUUUAAAACGUAAUAAAAAAAAUCUAAUUGAAGUAUCCCCGGUGAGCCUGCUCAGCCCUGCCAAAUUUCCCAAAGUAACUACACCUCUGACCCCUUCAUAGCCUCCUUGAGAGCACCCCACUCUUAGGUUUCAGGCCUUUAGCCAUCAUCUUUCUCAGAGCUGAACCCUGCAAUGCUCUCCCUCCUGACCAGGGACUCAGGCUGCAGACUCUUGCAAUUCACUGUGAUUAGCUCAGUAAGUCUGACUAAUUCAGCACCUGCAGUCUUGUUCCUUCAGGGGCAAUGUCAGGGUUAACCAGUGACCAACCAACUUUCAUAAAACAGUCUUGUUUAUUCAAAACAAAAGCACUAGGGAGAAACAAAAACAAUAAGCAACUUAUAUGCAGGUGUAGCUAAUGAGGCAGUCAUCAGGGUCUCCAUGUGGAAGAUGGAUAGGAUUGUAGUCCAGGCCUUUUCCACUGGGCCUGUCUCUCUUGGUCACAGUUUCAUGUCAAUUCUUGGCUUGAAUGCCAGUUACCUGUCUCCUUACGUCAGGCUGUUUACUUUAUACUUUCUCAAAAGUCCUUUAUGUUCUUAGGCUUCUUGAACCAGGCCAAGCCAGAGCAUGUGAUUUCCCCAGGGGAUGAAACUGCCACAGACUUGUUACUUGCAUUAGGGAUGUGCAUUAAUUACCCUCAGUGGUUUUAGUCCCUGUCAGAAGAAUCAUUUAGCUCGCCUGCUGAGCCAGAAAUUCAAUAAUUAGCCAGCCCAUAAAGAUACACUUAACAUUUAUAAAAUCAUUACAAGUCUUUGAUUAGUCCCAGUGUCCAUAGCAUGCCAAAUGCCCACGACAGGGACGCUUGUUAAAACCAUCGUGAAGAUGUUGCCCUUCGGAGAUUGAUGUUUCAGAGCCCUAGCAUAUCUCGUUUGUUUGUUUAAACUGUUCAUAGAUAUAAAAGGUAAUUUCACUCUCAGACUUCACUCUGUCAUGUUUGUUGUCCAGGAAUAAAUAAGAUUUGCUUGUCUCUUGCACCUGACCAAUAAGGGAAAUUCACUUAGUUGUCCUUAUUGGCUUGAAUCUUGAGAUAAUUAGGAAAUCUUGUUUAACUAAUUCAAUUCAUUCUCAGUUGCCUAGAGAAUAAAACUCCACACACUUCACCAUUUGAGAGCUGACUUGUGAUUUUUUUUUUUUAUUGCACUUGCUUAAAUGUGCACAGCAACUCAUUUGGUAUUUCGAUUCACGCUUUAGGGGAGAAAAAUGACUAUUUAAUGACACUGCAGUGAUACUAAUAUAGCUGGAAGAGCCCAUGAGGCUGCAUAUUGUUAAGACUACUGUCUUUAUAACGACAUAUCCAAAUGCUUCAAGGAUUUCUCUUUCAACCAGGGUUUGAAAUUGCUAAGAAAUAAACGCAAGCUUAGACUGUCAGCAGCUCCCUUCUGCAUCACAUAAAAUGAACCAGAAGACACUAAAAGCUUGAACCACUUCAAUUUAGUCGAUGUCAGACACAUAAUGCUGGGUCUGCACUCUCAUCCCAAGGUAGUUAAUUCAUAUCUUCUUGAAGGUACAGUCUUUAAUCUUCUUCCCUCUCACUCUACAGUAAUAUUUUAAAGGUAAAUUCUGAAGCCAAAAAAUACCCCAGUGGAAGGAUUUGUCCUUUACUGCUCCUGUCACAUACAGAAAGGCAACUUCAAAUUUGCUUUAAAAAGUUGACUUUCUGAAUUGUUUUCUAAAUCAGCAGCAGCAACAUCAGGCCCUUACAUAAACUGCAGGGGGAGGGAAUGCUCUUUCCUAGACUGAAAUAUUAAACUAGGAAUUGUCGUCAUCCUCUCCCCCUCAGGCAUGGAGAGAGCUGUAGUUCAGAUGACCGUCAUGGGUGUUAUUACUAUUCAGUUCCUCCAGCCAAAGGAGAGAACCUGAUACUACCCCCAAGCAAUGGAAAAAAACAUUUGGUCCCAUAGUAGAGUUCAAGAUUAGGAAAGCCCAUCUCAUCAUCAUAUUAUUAUUUACAGAGUUAAAUUUAGAAUAACUUUUUCAAAUAAAUACAGUAUUUUGUAUUUAAAUGUUUGAAAGUUGAUUGCUCUUACAGUUAAAAAAUCUGCUGUCAAUUUGUUUAAUAAUGAAUGGAAUUGUCUUUAUAUUUUUAUAUCUAAAUAAGAAUUAUUCCAUGAUAUUUAAGACCUUUGUUGUCAGCUUGUAAAAGACAGCCCUGUUUAAUGAAUUCCUUUUCUGUAUGAUUUUGCACAAAAUACUGGCUGUAGAUUAACAUUUUUGAAUCCUGA